CAUGACCUUGAAAGGAAAUAUGCGGAGCUGAAUAAGCCUCUCUAUGAUAAGCGUUUUCAGAUCAUAAAUGCAGAAUAUGAGCCUACGGAGGAAGAAUGUGAAUGGAACUCGGAGGAGGAGUUCAGCGGUGAUGAGGAAAUGCAGAAUGACACACCUGAUGAAAUGCCGCCCUUAGAGGGUGAGGAGGAAGAAGAAGCCCGUAAAGAAGAGGCUGGAGUAAAGGAAGAAGGAAAGAAUGUUCCAAAUGAAGUUCCUGACGCAAAACUUGAAGGUGAAGCUCCCAAAGAAAGUCCUGAGGUGAAAACUGAAGAAAAAGAAAUUCCAAAAGAGGUUCCUGAAGAAAAAGUUGAAGCAAAGGAAGCCUCUGCAGAAAUUCCUGAGGUGAAGGUUGAAGCAAAGGAAGCCUCUGAAGAAAUUCCUGAGGUGAAGGUUGAAGCAAAGGAAGCCUCUGAAGAAAUUCCUGAGGUGAAGAUGGAGGCACAGGAAGCCUCUGAAGAAAUUCCUGAGCCAAAGAUGGAAGCAAAGGAAGCCUCUGAAGAAAUUCCUGAAAUAAAGAUGGAAGCAAAGGAAGCCUCUGAAGAAAUUCCUGAGCCAAAGAUGGAAGCAAAGGAAGCCUCUGAAGAAAUUCCUGAGGCAAAGAUGGAAGCAAAGGAAGCCUCUGAAGAAAUUCCUGAGGUAAAGAUGGAAGCAAAGGAAGCCUCUGAAGAAAUUCCUGAAAUAAAGAUGGAAGCAAAGGAAGCCUCUGAAGAAAUUCCUGAGCCAAAGAUGGAAGCAAAGGAAGCCUCUGAAGAAAUUCCUGAGGUAAAGAUGGAAGAAAAAGAAGACCCCAAAGAAGUUCCCCAAGCAAAUGCAGAAAAUAAAGAUCAGCCUACAGAAGAAUCUAAGCCAAGGGCUCCCUUAAGAGAGGCUCAAAAAAGAGUUCCUGAGACAAGGCCUGAAAGAGGGCAUGUUAAAAGGGCUCGAAAGGGAAAACCUAAGAGAGAAGAUCCUAAAGGUAUUCCUGACUACUGGCUGACUGUUUUAAAGAAUGUUGAUAAGCUUGGGCCUAUGAUCCAAAAGUAUGAUGAGCCCAUUUUGAAGUUCUUGUCUGAUGUUAGCCUGAAGUUCUCAACUCCUGGCCAGCCUGUAAGUUACACUUUUGAAUUUCAUUUCCUGCCUAACCCAUACUUCAGAAAUGAGCUCCUGAUGAAGACAUACAUAAUAAGGUCAAAACCAGAUCACUAUGACCCUUUCUUUGCUUGGGGAUGGGAAAUUGAAGAGUGCAAAGGCUGCAAAAUAGAUUGGAGAAGAGGAAAAGAUGUUACAGUGACAACCGCCCCGGGUCGCCCAGCUGCUACUGGAGCAAUUGAAGUCCAGCCAAGAUUGGUUCCUAAUGCAUCCUUCUUCAAUUUCUUUAAUCCUCCUGAGAUUCCUUUGAUUGGGAAGCUGGAACCAAGAGAAGAUGCUAUCCUUGAUGAGGACUUUGAAAUUGGUCAAAUUUUGCAUGAUAAUGUCAUCUUGAAAUCAAUCUAUUACUUCACAGGAGAAAUCAAUGAUCCCUACUACCAUGAUGUCAGGGAUUACGGAAACAGGAAGUACUACAAGUGAAAAGGGCAAGCUGAAAGAUUUUUCAAGAAUGUUAAAAAGUCAAGAAGCAAGCAGAAGUAAAACAGAUUCACCUAACCUUGUAAAAGAUAAAACUUGUCCUAUAACCUGAACACUACUACUCCUUACUCCUUAUAGUCUGGUGUUUUCAGUUUUCCUGGUAAUGUCCUAAAAACUGUCUUGCCUGUUGUAAUAUUCUUCAAAAUAUGUAAAGUGCUGUUAAUGUUCCAAAGCAUGUUUUGUUUGGUGCUACAGUGUUGGUUUUGUGAAGUCCUUAUGUCAUGUUCCUAUUAGAUUGUACCUGUGCAAAUUGUCAGACUUGUUAGACAAAUCUUUGCCUGAAAAAGCAAAACUUAAA